AGGAAAAAAAACAAAAAUUGGUCAAAAUGACCUAGAUAAAUUUGAUAGAGCCAAGGAGCUCAGUAAGCAUUUAGAAAAAAUCCGCCGUGACUAUACACGGGAUUUAAAAGAUAGGUUCAGGUCAGUUCGUGAACGUGCCACUGCCCUUUAUCUUAUUGACAAGCUGGCAUUAAGGGCAGGGAAUAAAAGAACUGGCAAAAAAGCAGACACUGUGGGUUGUUGUUCCCUCAGAUGUGAACAUAUUACUUUGGUAUCACCAGGGACAGUUGAGUUUGAUUUCUUAG